UUGAGGUCGAAUUCAGGGAAUAAAAUUGCACUGCUAGCAAAAUAUUGUCGUAAUGAUGGCGGUGAAUUGGGGAGGCCUUAUUUGUGUCGUUUUCUUCUAUAUCAUCAUCUUGGCAAUUGGCUUGUACGCCUCAAAAAAAACUAAAGGUACAUCUUCCACGGAUGAGGUGAUGCUUGCAGGGAGAAAUAUUGGUCUAUUACUCGGUGUCUUCACAAUGACAGCUACUUGGAUCGGCGGUGGUUUCAUCAACGGGACUGGUCAAUCAGUGUAUGAGUCGGGGUUGUUGUGGACGCAGGCCCCAUUUGCGUACGCGUGUAGUCUAUUUAUAAAUGGACUAUUUUUUGCGAAAAAAAUGAGAGAGCAAGAUUAUGUAACAAUGUUGGACCCUUUCCAAUUGAAGUUUGGCCCAAUGAUGUGUGGACUCCUGUCUAUACAAGCUUUAUCUGGAGAGCUGUUCUACUGCAGUGCCAUUCUUUCAGCUUUAGGAUCAACUUUCAGUGUAAUUCUAGAUAUAGACACAACUCCGGCCAUCAUUGUCUCAGCAUGUAUAGCCAUGUCCUAUACAUUGUUUGGAGGUCUGUAUUCAGUGGCUUACACCGACGUUGUCCAGAUGAUUUGUAUAUUUUUUGGUUUGUGGUUAUCGGUUCCAUUCACAUUCACAAACGAACAUGUCAGCAGUAUAGUCGAGACCAGUUCUACGUGGUUAGGUACAUGGGAUAAUAGAUAUGCCGGUAUAUGGUGUGACUAUACAUUACUAUUGCUUUUAGGAGGUUUGCCAUGGCAAGAGUAUUUUCAGCGCGUGCUGUCCGCGAAAAGUGCUCGGAAUGCACAGAUUCUGUCCUUCGCUGGUUCAAUGGGCUGUCUUUUUAUGACAAUACCCCCAUGUCUUAUCGGAAUCGUUGCAGCAAGUACAAAUUGGACUGCAACAGACUACAGACAAGAAAUCAAAGAUAGUAACAUUGUUCUACCACUAGCCUUACAAUACCUAACCCCACAGGUUGUAUCUAUCAUCGGCCUGGGAGCCAUUUGUGCUGCUGUAAUGUCGUCAGCAGAUUCAACUAUUCUCUCUGCAAGUUGCAUGUUCGCUCGAAAUAUAUACAAAGGUCUGAUAAGACAUAAUGCAACCGAGAAAGAGAUCGUAUGGAUGAUGAGAUUUUCAAUUAUCAUCUUUGGAUCCAUUGCCACCAUACUAGCAAUUACCAUAAACUCAAUAUACGGUCUCUAUUAUCUAUGUUCUGACUUUGUAUACGUUAUCCUAUUUCCCCAACUCGUCUCCGUUUUUUACAUUGACUUCACAAACACCUAUGGCUCAUUUUUUGCUUAUACCAUCGGCCUGAUAUUACGACUUGGCGGCGGUGAACCACUGUUGAAUCUCAAACCGUUCAUAGAGUAUCCAUAUUUCGACGACGGUGAACAGCUAUUUCCGUUCCGUACAUUCUCCAUGCUCAUCUCAUUCACGACACUGCUUCUAGUUUCUCGCCUGUUUCAAUAUCUAUUUAUUAGGAAAAUUCUGGAUAAAAAAUGGGAUGUUUUCAAGUGUGUGGUAAACAUACAACACACGGAAGAGGAACAACUGAAAAUGAAAUGUAAACGUGUUGCUGCAGUGUAGAUGGUAAUAAUUUAAAUAUAUCUGAUAUUAAAUCUUAAUAUCAUAUAUUCUUAUUAUCUUUUUUUUUAUGUGUAUAUUUAUAUAUUCAGCAUUACCGCAAAACAGCUUACGGUUUUUGCAUCAUUGUUUAUUAGAAGUAUAUCUUCGAAAAUAAUAUUCGUAGAAAACACUAGUGCCAAGCGUACGUGAAGACAGGCAUCGAGCAUCUCCAUAAAUAUUACUAUACUGUGAGGUGCUAAAUAAAUCGUCGUUGUUGCUAUAAUAAUAAUAAUGAUGAUGAUAAUAAUAAUAAUAAUUAUUAUUAUUAUUAUUAUUAUUAUUAUUAUUAUUGUUGUUGUUGUUGUUGUUGUUGUUGUUGUUGUUGUUGUUGUUAUGCUGCAGAUUACAUGUGUUUUGUUGCUUCAUUUUCUUCACUUAAUUCAACGGGUUCCAAAUGUUCUCAAUUUAUUUAUUUUUUCACUUCAUAAUAUAGAGCCUUUUUAAUUUAUAUAGACAUACACGUUUGUAGUUGGUGGUCUUCACAUACGUACAGUUGUUUAUUCUUUGUUCUGUUCAGUUUCUGUUUAAUUUCAAUUUCAAUGUUUUAUUUAUUGUUGAGAAGGGUUUUCGAGGGGCGUUUAUUUUAUUGGUGUAAAAUUGGUAAAUAUAUACUCAUAUAAACGUCCCUUAAUUUCACUUUAAAUAUGGAGUUACAACACAUAGUUGCCGUCAAAGUAUUUUAAUGCGUGAUUUUAACGACAUAUUGAUCCCAACAAGGUUAGAAAAAGUGCAAUUCUACUUGAGUAGAACAUUAAUAGAAUAAGUAUAGAUUAUGUUGCGUCCAUUAUAUUUGUUAACGUAAUUUCCAGGGUGGAAGCAUUUAUUCAAAGAAAAAAUAAACGCCUUGCCUUUUAUCGGAGGACUUUAUACAAAAAUGAGGCUCAGAGCGGCGUGUAUAUUCGAAGGUGCGUUCAUUCGAACAAAUGCGGUACACCAAAACAAUGAAAUUAGAUUAAAACAAGUGAAAUUGAAACAUUGGCUAUCAUUUUAGUCAUUACAUUACAAUAGAAUAUUAAUAGACGUUUUAUGACAACUUUAAAUGAAUAAUAUGAUAUUAGUUGUUCAAGUCAGACUGCUUUGUAAAUGCACCAUUAUUUUUAUUACCUGAUUGUCAGAUUAUUUAACUUAGUAUCAUUUUACUUUACAUUAUUAAUUUACUUUGAAUUAUUACAAAAAAUAAAUGUAUUGGUAUAUUAUAAAAAUAAAGAGAAA